UCGGGUUGUCUCAGGUCCCGCCUGAGCUCUCUUCUGCGGGCUCAUGGCGGGCAGCCUGCGGCAGGUCGCGCUGGUGGGCACUGCGGUGGCCGUCACCGGCGGGGUCGCCUACGCUCUUUGGCAGAGUUACUUUUCUUCCAAAGGGCCUCCGGGACGCGAGGAUCAGCAGUCUGGGCUGCGGCUCGGCGCGCAAGAAAGAGGCGCGGGCCCGCCGGCGGGACAGGAGAAACCGUCCGGCAAGCAAAUCUUGGUUCUAGGCUUGGAUGGGGCUGGAAAAACCAGCGUUCUCUAUUCACUAGCAACUAACCAAGUAAAACACAACACAAUUCCCACCAAAGGCUUCAAUGCAGUCUGUGUCAAUACAGAAGAAACAAAGAUGGAAUUCCUAGAAAUUGGGGGCAGUGAGUCUCUAAGAGAGUACUGGAAGAUGUAUAUGCCAAGAGGCCUGCUGCUGAUCUACGUUGUGGACUCAGCAGAUCAUGAGCGCUUCCCAGUCGCAAAAAAACUUCUUCAUCAGUUGGUCCAGAGUAACUCUACUUUGCCUGUAAUGAUUCUAGCCAAUAAGCAGGAUCUUGAAGGCGCAUAUUGUAUCACAGACAUUCAUGAUGCUUUGGCUUUAUCUGAAAUUGGAGAUGAAAGGAAGAUAUUUCUGAUUGGUACACACGUGGCAAAAGAUGGCUUAGAGAUCUCUUCCAGCUUGAAAGAUACCCGGGAGCUGAUUGCACAGCUGGUGUCAGAAAUUCUGUGAGAGGAGCUGAAAUGGAACACCAUAAUAGGACAUACAAUAGCAACUAUGAGUAGCAUCACUUCAGAUCCUGGUGGCAUCCAUCCUCAGAUACUUGCUAUGAAAAUUAUUUUGAAAUUGAAAGAAAUCAUUUUUUGUUUAAAUGUGUUUUAGCAAAAAGAAGACCAGUACGCUCUUGGAUUUAGUGCAUCUAUAGGGGCCCAAAGUUUGUACAUCUCAAAAAAAAAUCGUAUGUAUUUCUCUUAAAUUGAUUUUUUUUACUAGGUUGUUUCAUAUUUGAUCACUCCUUCAAUUUAAAUGCAUAUCCCUGCACCAAC